CGCUCUUUUCAGGCACGCAGAGGAGCACUGGGUCUGCCGGCGGUGGACAGGACACACCAAGCUUUACCUUCUCCUUCUGGCUCAUAUUUCUGUGCAUGGUGCAUAAAGCUUAUUCAUUGAGGUGUGAGGAUGAAGAUUGCAGUGAUUGGUCAGAGUCUGUUCGGCCAGGAGGUGUACAAGGAGCUGAGGAAGGACGGUCACACCAUCGUAGGAGUCUUCACCAUCCCCGACAAGGAUGGCAAGGCUGACCCACUGGCCACUGAGGCCGAGAAGGACGGUGUGGCCGUCUUCAAGUUCCCCCGCUGGCGUGUGAAGGGCCAGGCCAUCCCCGAGGUGGUGGCUCAGUACAAGGCCACGGGAGCCGAGCUCAACGUCCUGCCCUUCUGCUCCCAGUUCAUCCCCAUGGAGGUCAUCGACCACCCCAAACACGGCUCCAUCAUCUACCACCCCUCCCUGCUGCCCCGCCACAGGGGGGCCUCUGCUAUCAACUGGACCCUGAUCCAUGGUGACAAAAAGGGUGGGUUCACAGUGUUCUGGGCUGAUGAUGGACUAGACACCGGACCAAUCCUGCUGCAGAGGGAGUGUGAUGUUGAACCCAAUGACACCGUCAACACAAUCUACAAGAGAUUCCUGUUUCCAGAAGGAGUCAAAGGCACAGUGGACGCAGUGAGGUUGAUUGCACAAGGGAAGGCGCCAAGAGUCACCCAGCCACAGGAGGGAGCCACAUAUGAGUGCAUCCAGAAGAAAGAAAAUUCUAAGAUUGACUGGAACCAGACUGCUGAGGGUCUCCACAACUGGAUCAGAGGAAACGACAAAGUCCCCGGUGCCUGGGCAGAGGUUGAUGGGCAGAAAGUGACUUUCUACGGCUCCUCUCUGAUGAAUAAAGGCUCCACCGCUAAAGGUCAGGCCCUGGAGAUCCCCGGAGCCAGCCAACCCGGAAUUGUCACCAAAGCAGGCCUGGUGCUGUUUGGCAAUGAUGGCAAUGCACUGUUGGUGAAGAAUCUGCAGUUCGAGGAUGGGAAGAUGAUUGCUGCAGCACAGUACUUUAGCUCAGGGAGCAGUGCUGCUGUGGAGCUCACUGAGGAGGAGAAAAGCUUUGCUGAAAAGAUGAGGGCUGUGUGGCAGAGCAUUCUGACUAAUGUGAGUCAUAUCGAAGACUCCACUGACUUUUUCAAGUCUGGUGCUGCUUCAAUGGACGUGGUCAGGCUCGUAGAGGAGGUAAAGCUUCGGGCCAGUAGCUGCCAGCUGCAGAACGAGGACAUCUACAUGAACACCACCUUCCAGGAAUUUAUCCAGAAGUGCGUCAGGAAGCUCAGAGGGGAGGACGACGAAGAGGAGCUGGUCGUCGACUAUGUAGAGAAGAACACCAACAACAUGACCAUAAAAAUGCCUCAUCAGCUGUUCAUCAAUGGAGAGUUUGUUGAUGCAGAGGGAGGAAAGACCUACAAGACCAUCAACCCGUCUGACGGCACAGCCAUCUGUGACGUGUCUCUGGCCCAGAUAAGCGACGUGGACAGAGCAGUGGCUGCUGCUAAGGAGGCCUUUGAAGAGGGAGAGUGGGGGAAAAUGAACCCGAGAGACAGAGGCAGACUCAUCUACAAGCUGGCUGACCUUAUGGAGCAGCACCAGGAGGAGCUGGCCACCAUCGAAUCCAUCGACUCCGGAGCCGUUUACACACUGGCCCUCAAGACUCACGUGGGCAUGUCCAUCCAGACCUUCCGCUACUUUGCUGGCUGGUGUGACAAGAUCCAAGGCAGCACCAUCCCCAUCAACCAGGCCAGACCCAAUCGUAACCUCACCUUCACCAAGAAGGAACCAAUCGGAGUGUGUGCCAUCGUGAUUCCCUGGAACUACCCUCUGAUGAUGCUGGCCUGGAAGACAGCAGCCUGCCUGGCAGCUGGAAACACAGUGGUCCUCAAACCUGCUCAGGUGACUCCACUGACGGCUCUGAAGUUUGCUGAGUUGGCAGCAAGAGCAGGACUGCCCAAAGGUGUCAUCAAUAUUCUGCCUGGGUCAGGUGCUCUGGUGGGUCAGCGUCUGUCUGACCAUCCUGACGUCCGUAAACUGGGCUUCACGGGUUCCACUGAGAUCGGUAAACACAUCAUGAAGAGCUGUGCAGUUAGUAACGUAAAGAAAGUCUCUCUGGAGCUCGGAGGGAAAUCCCCACUCAUCAUCUUCAGUGACUGUGACAUGGACAAGGCUGUGCGCAUGGGCAUGAGCUCCGUCUUCUUCAACAAGGGAGAGAACUGCAUCGCGGCGGGCAGACUGUUCGUGGAGGACACCAUUCAUGACCAGUUUGUUAAGAGAGUGGUUGAGGAGGUGAAGAAGAUGAAGACUGGCGAUCCACUGGACCGCGCCACUGACCACGGUCCUCAGAACCACAAAGCCCACUUGGACAAACUGGUGGAGUAUUGUCAGACCGGUGUGAAGGAGGGAGCCACCCUGAUCUGUGGGGGCAAACAGAUCCAGCGACCAGGUUUCUUCUUUGAACCCACAGUGUUCACUGACGUACAAGACCACAUGUACAUUGCCAUAGAGGAGUCGUUCGGCCCCGUCAUGAUCAUUUCCAAGUUCAAGGGCGGUGAGGUGGAUGAUGUCCUGAGAAGGGCCAAUGCUACAGAGUACGGCCUGGCGUCAGGCGUUUUCACUCGGGACAUCAGCAAAGCUCUGUACGUCAGUGAAAGGCUCAACGCCGGCACAGUUUUUGUCAACACCUACAACAAAACGGAUGUGGCCUCGCCUUUCGGAGGCUUUAAACAGUCUGGUUUUGGCAAAGACCUGGGACAAGAGGCUCUCAAUGAAUACCUGAAGACAAAGGCAGUGACCAUUGAGUAUUGAGCUGCAUCACAGCAGACAGGAAGCACUGAGGACAUCAGCUUCCUGCAUGCUGUGACUUCUGCAUGGACACUGGCAGAAGAGACACGUAGAGAGAUGCACGGGGCCACGUGGAGUGAUGUCAUCAGCUCAGACCUGCAGUCAUGCCCCAAGAGUAGUGACUACUGACUGUUAUACUUAGAGCCUUAACAUGCACUAACACCUUCAUUCUGUCUGAGUCCUCUCAAAAGCACACACCUGAGCUUUGUUGUAAUAAAUAUUGUCCUGAAAUAUGGAAAUGAUGUGUUUGUAGGUAGCUCAGGUAACUUCUGACACUGUUUUGUUAUCAGUGUGUUUGAGGUACAAGAUACCUAAAAUGGAAACAGAUCAAAUAAUUCAUUUCUAAUAUGGCUUACAUUAGGUCAGAAAAGUCUUAAGAUAUAUAACAUUUCUAUUCAUUUUUGGUUAUCAAUGAAAACUACUGAGCACCCCG